AUGUUAAGGAAAACUUGCAAGGGAAAAGCAAAGGAUUCAUUCCAACCGGAGAAGAUCAUGAUUGAAAGGGCUGAGUGGGACGCUUUCAAAUCUGAACACGAUGCUGUGAGAGUAGAUAUUGCUGAAUUGAAGUCUCUCACGAAGCAGCGGUACCCAAAGCAAGAGCUGCUUCAUGGAUCCCAGGAUAGGCGGAACAUCGAGACGCCGGAUACCAAGACAUGGUCCAGACAAUCUGUUAAGGAGACUACUGCAAAGUCUCAAUAUUAUCGCUCUGCCCAAAAUCGCAGUGCGUUUUACAUUCUGAUUAUUGCUAAAGUGUGUCCAAUUGUGGGCUGGUUUGGUCUUCAUUCGAGCUGUCACAGAAUAUCUGCCGCUCUACAAACGCGAUCUGUCAAACAAUAA